AUGAGUGGAAAGCACGUAAUGGUUGAAGAAAGCCAGCUUUCUUUGAAGCGCAGUCGUGCAGGCGCAGAAGACCAAGUCAACGAUCCACCUGCGGUCAAGAAGGUCGUCGUUGGAUAUUCCGACUCGGAGGGAGAGGACGGUGAGCACCCCGAUGAGAUCAUGCUCGAUGGAUACGCUGAUCCAUUUCCAUGGGUCGAGCCCGAUCGUUGGAACACCAAGCCGAAUUUGGCGUUACGCCUGAGCCGUGUCUACAACGAGCGCGGCAUGGAAUACGUGAUGAUCAGUAUGCAUGCAAAAGCCGAUCCGGGACGCCGUCGAAGGUUCCUCAAGCGUCUCUGCGACUUUGCCUUGGAGGAUGAUUUCAACAGGAUAUCACCCUCUUUGGGUGUCGACUAUCUGGAGCUUGACACCCAUGCGCUGGAGACGUACAAACGCCUCAUCCUUAGGCGCCUCACCUCAAGCUCGAAGAAGAGAAACAGUGGUUUCAUCAUCGGUUCGCCGCCAAGAAAUGUACGCACAACUACGCAGACUUCGUCAACGUGCCAACAAAAUCGGUUCCGGCAUCCGCAACAAGUCUACGUCAAAGCGGAAACCGUCGGAAAGACGCUGAAUAGCCUAGAGGUUGCCGAAGAGGCGUUGCUGCUGACCAAAAACCGAUCAUGGAGAAUUCCGUUGGCGAGAGGUGCGUGUUGCUGGGAUCGAUGCUGCUGGCGGAAGGAUCUUCGAGUACUGGACGUCAAGCGGCAAUGCGUUCGA